AUGUUGCCAACAGACAAAGUAGGUGAUUUGGUCGAAAAAUCGAGUGUCGAAUCUGAUGACUUGACCGAGAAAUUCAUCGACAACAGCUACUACUACUUAACACAGUUCUCUUUACUAUAUCUGAAGAUGGAUAAAAAACAUCGCUUACUUAGCACAAUCCAGUUUUUAGUGUACUACGCGAUUAUAGGAUUUCACCUCACCCUUCUCAUACGUACAUCCUUCGCUUUAUUGAGCAUAAACUUUAUCAUUUUCGUCCACAACACCCAUAUUGCGCUCCUUACUAUUCUUGUAGCGACCGUAGUGGUCGAUUUCCAACGGCACCGUAGUGCCUUCUUACAUCUGCACCGAAUGAUAGCUACAGACUUCUAUGACUACCACGAACCAGAACUGGAGGCCGUCUCGAAGAAUCGGGAGGAUAUGCUGCGGCAGAGGAGACGCCUUGCCGUGGUUCCGGUCUCUUCCUGUAUAGCCAGCGGUGCGGCUCUCGUUCUGGCCAACGUCUUGGAUAGGCUGGGCACCUUCGACUUCAACAAGACGGAUGAUCUCGUCAGUGAAGAUCUUCCUUAUGGCUUUGGGGUGUACCCUUACAACACGAAAGACGGUCCUGGAUAUUACAUAUCAUCCCUUCUGCAAGUGAUGCACGCGGUGGUUCUCGCAUCUCCGAUCGGGAUGUCCGGCUGGACGUACAUCGUUCUUACACAAAAUAUUACGUUACAGUUGAAGAUAUUGACGGCGUCAAUUGAAAGUUUGGAAGAGCGCGCCAAGCACAUGUGCGAGCGUGUAAUGAACAGCGCAUACUCUUAUUACAACGUUGUAAAUGCCUUCAACAUUACAGUUUAAAUCUGCCAUCUACUAAAAUUAACUGUGUAGCAAUGUAACAAAUAUAAAUUGAUGAAUUAUUG